UGAGCCCGAGGGACGCUAGGUUUUCCAAACGGGUCGAAUCUGGGAGGGGGAGGGGGAUUCGAAUCGAUGGAGGACCUCGUUCGAAGCCCCGCGCCCGAGCUUCAAACCCUAAACCCUCGGAUGGAAGGCUUCUCGCGCUCUCCUUCUCCCGCCCCCCGGCGAUCCCAUCUCGACAGCGCCUCCUAUCGCACUCUGGUUCGGAUCUUCUCCCUCUGCCUUGACAAAUCCCUCGCUCGUCCUCAGGAGUCUUGUAAAGAUCCAAACUCUAGAUCGGAUGAAGUGCCAGAGAGCUCGUGCACCGGUAAAGAUUCGAUCUUUGGUCGAAACGGUGAUGGACACGUGGCGGAGGAAAUUGGUCCUGGCAGGAAAGAGGAAGAGCACAGUGGAUUUGAAGGCAGUGAGAGGGGUGGAUUUGAAGGCAGUGAGAGGGGUGGAUUUGGAGGCAGCGAGAGGAGCCAAGGUUCGGCAUGUGGAAACCCUCGGUUUGAUGAUUCUUCUUUGAAUGGAAAUAUUGCCUUGAGGGAGGAACUAGGGCACGAGAAUGACACAAGUGCGGAGUUGUCAGAAUCACUUGUCUUUGAAAAGCUGCAAUCUGGUGGCACUAAAGAUGAAGCUUUGCAUAGGAUGGAAGAAUUGGGGCAUGGAAAUGGACAUGAUGAGUGUGAUCGAAGCGCCAAUGAUGGAACUCGGGAAGGUCUGUUUUUCAGAGAUCUAGAGCAUUUACUGCAUGAGAAUAUCAAUUCUGUGGAACAACCGGCAAAUGGGGAAUUGCUGAAUGACAUGAUCUCUGAUUUUUCUGGAUCAAUUGAUGACCCCAAUGAUCUAGUUUGUGCUGAAGGGUCGCAGGAUGGACAAAGACGAUUGGGACAUGGUGAACUUGCCAACAAUGAGUUGCAAAAAGAUGUACCUCUUCGCAAAUCCAAAUUAGCUGAUUCCAAGAAUCAAAUUUCCUGUUCAGAACAAGGAAAGAAUCACGAACCUCAGGAUGAAAACGGUAAAAUAAUUUUCUCUGGAGAUGAACUGAUUUAUUCUUCUGAGGAAUUACUUCAUGGUAAAAUGAGAGUAGAAGGGCAUGGUGAACGCGUAGAUGAUGUAUUAGCUAAGGAUAUGUUUCCUGAUAAGCAUAUGAUGGAUGAUGUUAGGGAUAAAGAAAUCAAAUCAGUGAAAGAAUUAGGAGAAGGGUUGCAACAAGAAGCACGCUGUUGUCCUGAUUCUUUGAUGGAAUGUUCUGGGUCAAUAGAGAUGGCAGGUCCAGUACUAGCUUCAGAGGAUGGUGGAGACAUUGAGGAAGGGGAAAUUCCUGGGGAAUUAAAUAUUUCAGACCAGGAUUUGGAUCUGGCACAUGAACAUGUGGUCCUUGAACAUCGGAAUUUAGAGGCAGGGACAACAUAUUGUGGCUCUCCUAACAAAGGAGAUACUAACAUGACUUGUAUUGAUGAGGGUAUGCAUUCAAGAGAAAGUAACUACAAGGAUGAUGAAUCUGCUGUGCCCAUACAUAUUGCAGAGGGUGACAUAAUGCAUGUUUCUGGAGAUGAUAGGAGUUCAGAAACUCAGAUGAAGAAAAGUUACAGUUCUGGGAUGAGAGUGGAUGUUAAGUGCCCAGCUGUUGAUCCAGAGGCUCUUGGAUUGACUGGAGAGAACUUAGAAAAAACAACAAGUCAGAACAAAGAAAAACCAUCCAAUAGUGUGGCUGUUGAAGCUAGACUGAAGAGAAAAAGAGGUGCUUUAACCGAGGAAAGAAAAGCUAAACGAAAGAAGGCUAAGAAAAGGAAAAGAGCACAGAAGGAGCGAGAGCAAGGAGUGAAGAGAUUGAAAUUGCAGCCAAUUUCAAAGCCAAAAACAGUGAAAUAUUGCAACUUCUAUCUGAUGGGUAGAUGUCAGCAGGGAGACUCGUGCAAAUUUUCUCACGACACUACUCCCUUGACAAAAUCCCAGCCAUGCACAUAUUUUGCACGUGAUUCUUGUUUGAAAGGGGAUGAUUGUCCGUUUGAUCAUCAGCUUUCUAAGUACCCAUGUCACAACUUCUCAUCCAAAGGCAUGUGCAGCAGAGGAGAUAAAUGCAAGUUUUCACAUAAGAUUACAACCAAUGAAGCUUCCUCCUCAAUGCCAAUCAUAAGCGAAUCCAAGUCUCCAUUGACAUCAGAAAAGUUAAAUUUGAGAAAGCAGAAUACCACAAACAGCACCUCCAUAGUUGCCUGUGGUCCACCUAAAACUACAGCUUCAAGCACACCAUUUCCCAUUCACAGGAACAUGGAGGGAGACACCAUAAAGCCUCCAAAGAUUCCCAUGCGAAUACCUAAUGGAAUACGCUUUCUUUCAUUUGGAAAAGGACCUUCAGACAGCAUUAGCAAGCACCAGGAUAAUCUUCUUAAGGAAUGCAAAAUAUUGGAUCAGCAGAACCAGGAGAAAUUUUUAAUGGAUGGCCAUAAGAAUGACGCUAAUGAUAGAAGUUCAGCUCAGAAAUCACUUCUCAAAGCACAUAGUGAGUCUAAGAUGAUGUCUGGCAGAGCUGCUAAUUCUGCUAUAAAUCCCUUUGACAAUAAAAAUUUGAAGAAUAACAGUUUCAGCAGUGUGCCUUCUGUAGCUCCUGGUUCCAGGAGCCUCCAUAGUGAAGUGUCAGAUGCUUCUAAAAUUUUAGAGGAGUUCUUAUUCAGUGGAAUCAGCUAGCAGCAAGGAGUAGCAUCUGUUGUUUGACCAAGUCUUUCCUUCAACCGUCACUGAUGUCGAUAUACAAUGGCCAAUGUCCCAUUUUUUUGGAGAAGAUUGCUGUGUCAGCACUCCGUAAUACAUACCCUGCUGCAUUAUCAUAAAGUUACCAGUUAUGGCUGUGGCUUAUUUGGUGUUGUAGACUUUGCAAGGUCUUGACAUUAGCAGCUGAGUUGCUGUACUAAUCUAACAGAUCAGUCUCUGCUUUCAUCAGGAGCUAAAGAGGUUGGGACUCCAUGCUCUAACAGCUGAUCCAUUGAUUGAACCUGGAACGGGAAAAGCACUGCAAUAAAAUGUUGUUGCAAUUCAACAAGGAACUGCUUGAACAUGCCACAAUAGCAGGUGCAUCUAACUGGAAGGAAAAGUGAAGCAAAAUCACCUAACGUUAUUAAAACUCUUGAAGGCUGACAUUGGUGAUGCAGCAGGCGUUAUUGAUUCAAGUAACAGCACGGGGCCUUCAUCUGCCCAGAUAAAUGAUCAGAUUUGUUGGCCUUGUAUACUGCUUUAGCUUGCUGCAGGAGCAGGUGUGUCUAAUCUGAGGGCAAAAGUGAAGCAAUAUCAGUAGCAUCAGUAGACUCUUGAAGACUGACCUUACUGAUGCAGCAAGCAUGUUGAUUGAAUAGCAGGAUCCUCUCCCCGAGCCAGAUUAUGAGUUUGUUUGCUCCUAGAUCGGUAUCCUUGUAAAUGCUCCAAGCAAAUGGAAAAAAUGGCCAACAAGUUGGUAAAUCAUAAUUAGGUUGAAAGAGGGGUUUGUCCAGAUCUUUUUUUCUGAAAAAAAAAAAGUUAUUUCUAUAUGUACGUAUAACAUGAGAAAUAUGAUUUGGACUUCCCCAAAGAUUGGAUGUUGUGGCAUUUAAAAAUCGAUUUGAAGUGGAGUA